GUCCUAGUUAGACACAGGACCUGCUGGGCCACAGAAAGGAGGCUCUGGAAAGACGCACUAGGUUACUGGAUAAAUCACUUCAAUUUCCCAAUGAAUUUUAUAUUGUUUAUUUUUAUACCUGGAGUUUUUUCCUUGAAAGGUGGCACUUUGAAGCCUACUAUUGAAGCAUUGCCUAAUGUGAUGCCUUUAAAUGAAGAUGUUAAUAAACAGGAAGAAAAGCAUGAAGAUCAUCCUCACAAUUAUGCUCCUGCUAAUGAGAAAAAUGGCAAUUAUUAUAAAGAUAUAAAGCAAUAUGUGUUAACAACACAAAAUCCAAAUGGCACUGAGUCUGAAAUAACUGUGAGAGCCACAACUGACCUGAAUUUUUCUCUAAAAAACUAUAAAAUUGUCAAUGCAACUACAUAUGAAAAAUCCGCCAGUGAAGAAGAAACAACUACUAACGAACCCUCUCAUAAAAAUAUUCCAAGAUCAACCCCAAACCUGCCUGCAUUUUGGACAAUGUUAGCUAAAGCUAUAAAUGGAACAACAGUGGUCAUGGAUGAUAAAGAUCAAUUAUUUCACCCAAUUCCAGAGUCUGAUGUGAAUGCUACACAGGGAGAAAAUCAGCCAGAUCUAGAGGAUCUGAAGAUCAAACUAAUGCUGGGAAUCUCGUUGAUGACCCUCCUCCUCUUUGUGGUCCUCCUGGCAUUCUGUAGUGCUACACUGUACAAACUGAGGCAUCUGACUUAUAAAAGUUGUGAGAGUCAAUACUCUGUCAACCCAGAGCUGGCCACGAUGUCUUACUUUCAUCCAUCAGAAGGUGUAUCAGAUACAUCCUUUUCCAAGAGUGGAGAGAGCAGCACAUUAUUGGGCACCACUUCUUCAGAUAUGAGAAGAUCAGGCACAAGAACAUCAGAAUCUAAGAUGAUGAUGGAUAUUUCCACAGGCUCAGAUGAUGAGAUGCACUGAGUAAGAGGUGGAACCUGGUGAAGAAAUCAUACUGAUGAAUAAAUAACUUUAAUUCUUUUGUCAUCAA